AUGACAUCCAAAGCUGCCAUCUUCGUUGCCCUGUGCAUCGUCCUCUCCUCCGUCGCCGUGCACGGCUGCGGACCUUAUUGCCAGCCUCUAGUCGUUGUGCCGACGCCGCCCGUUGUCGUUCCGCCGCCGUACCAUGGAGGAGGAGCGCACGGCCACGGCGGGCAGUGCUCUAUAGACGCGCUAAAGCUGCGGGUGUGUGCCAACGUUAUCGGCGGCCUGCUCGGCCUCAAGGUCGGCGUUCCGGCGCGUGACGAGUGCUGCCCGCUGCUCCAUGGGUUGGUCGACCUUGAUGCUGUUGUCUGCCUCUGCACCGCUGUCAGGGCUAACGUCCUCGGCAUCCACCUCAACGUGCCUGUGGACAUCAGCCUCCUCCUCAACCACUGCGGCAAGACGUGCCCGUCUGAGUUCACUAGCCCAUUCCAUUGA